AUGUGGUAUCGAAAACAUUGCUUUCAAAUCAAAGAGUCAGAUAAACUUGCAAUAGAAAAUCUUGUAAAAUAUUUAAAUAAUGCUCGUUUAUCAACAAAUGAAAUUUGCCAAGAAUUUGUCAAGAAAUUUGAUGCAUUAUUUCGUCUCGAGGAAAUUUAUGGUGCAUUACAAAUAUCACCAAUUUAUUUAAAGAAAAUAAAUAAAUGGUUACAUAAUGAUGAAACACUUAUUGGACAAAUAAAGAAACAACGUAUUAUUAAAGUCUACAAUCGACAUACACAUGAAGAAAUGUUAUACAAUUACAUGCGUAGUCAACGUCCACAAUCGAAAAAUGAACAAUCUGCUGAUAACUACACAUUACAAAUGAUGGAAGAAAGUAAAAAAAACUGUGAUUUUUGUGGAAACAAUUAUCUUAGUUCUACAGCAGAAGAUUCAUUUGGACGUCUUGAACGUAGUCUUUCAUAUACAGCAGCAAAUACAUUUAAAUAUGAUCGUUGGCAUACAUUAAUUGUUUCGCGUAAUCAUGAUACAUUACAUUUAACAGAAGAUGAAAUUGGUGAUAUGUUUGAAUUAGCACAAACAUGGUUUCAAAAAGUUUAUUCAAUUGAAUCCAUGUAUACAUGUCCAGAAAUGAUUUGGGAUGCAAUGCCUAAAAGUGGUGCAUCACAAGUACAUACACAUCUUCAAGUUAGUCUAGGUAUGGAUAUUUACUAUGGAAAUAUUGAACGAACUCGACAAGGUGCUCGACAUUAUGCACAAAUUAAUCAAGGAAGAAAUUAUUUCAAUGAUUAUCUUCAUAUUCAUCAUGCAUUAGAUUUAACAAUACCAAUUGGAGAUGCUCAUAUCAUUCUUCAUCUUACACCAGUUAAAGAUCUUGAAGUUAUGGUUCUUGGUGAAAAACUUGACAAAGAUUUUUAUAAAGCAUUACAUCUAAUUUUUCGAAGUUUUGUUGAUGAUCUUAAAGAAUACAGUUUUAGCUUUGGAAUGUAUUUACCACCGAUGAACGAAACCUCUUCUAAUGGCCAUGAAAUGCCAGUUGUCUGUCGUCUUGUUUUUCGAAAUCCUAUUACAAAUUUACGGUCAGAUAUGAAUGGACUUGAUUUGUAUACGAGUUCUGUUAUUGGUAAAGAUCGUUAUGUUUUAUAUAGACAAUUGAAGCAAGGUAUACUCAAACGUCAAAAAUAA